UGCAGUGGCAAAACAAAAUCAACCAAGGUUAGCCAGAAGGGGAAACCCUAGAAAAGAAAAGAAGAAGCAAGCGGCAGCAGCAGCUCGCCGGGUCUUGGUGGAUCGACCGAAUCCGGGGGCGGAGGCGGAAUAGAUAAAGACCAUGGUCCCAUGGGCCGCCGUCGCGUCAACCUCCCCCCUCGCGUGACCACCAGGGCCGCCGCGCGUGCCGCCGCCCAAGCGCAGCCGGAGCCCAGCAGCGACCCCGCCGACGUACAGCAAGAGCAAAAACCCUCCAACAAGGAGAUGGCGGACAGCGGCGGAGUCAGCGCCAACAACGCCGCCGCCGGCCACGACGACGAGGAGGGCAACACCGCCCCUUUCCCUGAGACGGUCCAGGUAGGUGGAUCUCCUGAGUACAAGGUCGAGAGGAAGUUGGGCAAAGGUGGAUUUGGCCAUGUUUUUGUUGGCCGACGUUUAACUGGUGGGAAUGGACGGUCAACAGGUGCCAGUGCUCAAGAGGUUGCAAUAAAAUUUGAGCAUAAUAGCAGCAAGGGUUGCAACUACGGUCCUCCAUAUGAGUGGCAAGUCUAUGCUGCUCUAGGAGGUACUCAUGGUGUGCCCAAGGUGCAUUAUAAAGGUCGAAAGGGUGACUACUAUGUAAUGAUUAUGGAUAUGUUGGGGCCUAGCUUAUGGGAUUCGUGGAAUUCGUCAGGGCAAUCCAUGUCAUCAGAAAUGGUAGCUUGUAUUGCUGUAGAGGCCAUCUCUAUCCUGGAAAGCAUGCAUUCAAAAGGGUAUGUACAUGGAGAUGUCAAACCUGAGAACUUUCUUCUUGGUCAGCCUUCAACUGCUCAAGAAAAGAAACUUUAUCUUGUGGAUCUUGGGUUAGCAACAAGGUGGAAAGAUCCUACUACCGGGACACAUGUUGAAUAUGAUCAACGUCCAGAUGCCUUCAGAGGGACAGUCAGAUAUGCUAGUGCUCAUGCACAUUUAGGAAGAACUGCAAGCAGGAGAGAUGAUUUGGAAUCACUGGCUUAUACACUAGUAUUUCUUCAUCGAGGCAGGUUGCCAUGGCAAGGAUACCAGGGUGAUAAUAAAUCAUUUCUCGUGUGCAAGAGAAAGAUGAGCACCUCACCUGAGAGCCUUUGCGGCAUCUGUCCUCCACCUUUCAGGCAGUUUCUUGAGACUGUAGUCAAUAUGAAGUUUGAUGAAGAACCAAACUACUCCAAGUUGAUUUCUUUGUUUGAUAGUUUAAUUGGACCAAACCCUUCCAUCAGACCAAUUAAUACUGACGGAGCCCAAAAGGUAGGGCAGAAGCGUGCCAGGCUGCUUAACGAUGACGAUGAUAGUAAUGCAAGAAAGAAGGUCCGCCUGGGUGUUCCGGCAACACAAUGGAUUUCAGUAUAUAAUUCUAGAUCACCCAUGAAACAGAGGUACCACUAUAAUGUGGCUGAUAUAAGGUUAGCACCACAUGUGGAGAAAGGAAAUGAUGAUGGUCUGCUGAUAAGUUCAGUAUCAUCGUGUAUUGAUCUCUGGGCAGUCAUCAUGGAUGCUGGAACUGGCUUCACGGAUCAAGUCUAUCAACUGUCUCCACAUUUCCUUCACAAGGACUGGAUUAUGGAACAGUGGGAAAAAAAUUUCUAUAUCAGUUCUGUUGCUGGCUCCAACAACGGAAGCUCCCUUGUAGUGAUGUCCAAAGGCACACCGUACACCCAACAGUCUUACAAAGUGAGUGAGUCUUUCCCAUUUAAAUGGAUAAACAAGAAAUGGAAGGAAGGUUUUUAUGUCACAUCAAUGGCAACAUCAGGUGGUCGAUGGGCUAUAGUCAUGUCACGCAAUGCUGGAUUUACUGACCAGGUGGUGGAGUUGGACUUCCUGUACCCAAGUGAAGGCAUCCAUAAACGCUGGGACAAUGGCUACCGGAUCACUGCAAUGGCGGCUACGAUGGACCAGUCCGCUCUGAUCUUAAGUAUGCCAAGGCGGCGCCCAAGAGAUGAGACGCAAGAGACCCUGCGGACAUCACAGUUUCCAAGUGCACAUGUCAAGGACAAAUGGGCCAAGAAUCUUUACCUUGCUGGAAUUUGCUACGGGCGAACUGUGGCGUAACAUGCCGGACAGUGGGGCUACGCAUCCUUGUAGGGUUCCUAUUAAUCCAUCCCAACCACCCCUUGAUGUAUAUUUCCCAAUUGUAGCAUUGAUCAGCUGCUGCAGGCUACCUAGUUGGUUUAUUUUGCGUUGAAAAGGGAUGACAAAUUCUGAUGUAUGUAUGUAGUAAUUGUAUACUUGGUCUCUUAAUUUUAAUGAAGUAAUGCUAGGGUAUCUGACGUUGAUCGGUCCAACAAAUGGUCUCCUCAUAAUGCAUACUCGUAAUUCGAUGAAAA